AUGGAAAAGUUCAGCACUGGUCCAGGGACGGAUCCUUGCCGCACGUUGCUGUUGACGUCCGUUCACGCCAUCUCUUCCACGCGCGGGCAGGUACAUAGUUUCACGAGUUCUCGUCAGGUGGCAGCAGCAAGCAGCGACUGCAUACAAUAUUCCGACCGGCGCCAGUCUGUUGUUCGCUCUCGAAGUGUGCGGCGCGUUUUCGACUGGAAACGUUCGGAUAGCGAAACCCCGCAAAAGCAACGACUGAAAACGCCAAACAAAGAACCCUACUGGUUUGCUCCUGAUGUAAGCGUUACUGUGGAAUCUCUCGUCCCUAUCGGUGACUGGGAAGAAGGAGUACUAGGCGUCUUUAAUAAGGGCUCGGGCCGGCUGGAGCGCGUGCUGCACCUGGACCUGAAGGGCGCGCCGCCGCUAGCGCCGUUCCUGCGGGCGACGCUGGCGCUGGCUGGCGACGCCGGCGCCUCGGCGCUGCUCGUCGAGUACGAGGACGCCUUCCCCUACUGGGGGGAGCUCGCCAACCUGUCCGCGCACGACGCCUACUCCGUCCAGCAGGUGAGGGACCUGGUGGAGAUGUCUGAGCGUCUGGGCAUGCACGUGGUGCCUCUGGUGCAAACGUUUGGCCACCUGGAGAUGGCGCUCAAACAACGCCAAUGGGCGCAUCUGCGAGAGGAGAGGGCCCACCCAGACGCCAUCUGCCCCUCGCACCCACAGACCAUGCCCUUCAUCAGCGAGAUGAUACGCCAGGUGCUGGAGCUACACCCGCACUCUCGCUACAUCCACAUCGGCUGCGACGAGGUGUUCCACCUGGGCACGUGCUCCCGCUGCCGCAGCCAGCGACUCGAGGACUGGCAGCUGUUCUCGCGGCACGUCUCGGCCGUUGUGGGGGCGGUGCGGGCGCUGCGGCCGGCGGCGGUGGCGCUGGUGUGGGACGACAUGCUGAGGCGGUGGCCGCCGGCGCACGUGGCGGCGUCGGGGCUGGGCCGGCUGGUGCAGCCCGUCGUGUGGGCGUACGGCGCCGACGUGGCGGCGCAGGUGCCGCGCUUCGCCUGGCACGCCUAUUCCAGGUCCUUCCGGCAGGUGUGGGUCGCCUCCGCCUUCAAGGGAGCGUCUGGUGAGACGGCGCUGGCGCCCGACUUGCGGCGCACGGCUGCCAACCACGCGGCGUGGAUGCGGCUGGUGUCGGGCGGGGUGGCCGGCUCCGAGGUGGAGACGCCGGCGUUCCGCGGCGUCGUGCUGACGGGCUGGUCGCGCUACGACCACUUCGCGGCGCUCUGCGAGACGCUGCCCGUGGCGGUGCCGUCGCUGCUGCUCGCGCUGCUCGUCGUCGACGAGGCAGAGCGCCAGGGGCCCAGGGCCGCGCGCGCGGACCUGCUCGCCAAGGUUGGCACCCCUGCCGCCGACACCUCCUGCACCAGCGCUGGGAAAGCAGCCUGCGUCACUUUCCUGUACACCGAACAGACAGUGCUGCCGCGCUGGUGGUCGACGCUGUCGUGUCCGCGGCGCUCGACGCCGCCCUCGCCGUCGGCGCUGGAGGCGGACCCCUACCUGUGGAGGCCGCUGUCCGCCUGCGCGUUCCCGGGGGCCGACGCCUACGCCGCCGUCGCCGACGUGGCCGUCGCCGUGCCCAAGGCCGAGCUCUUCCUCUCGGAGGGUCGAGUGUCAGAGCUCAGAGCAACAGCAUGGGUUCGUGGUUGCACAAAGCAGCAGAGAGUGGGGACGUGAUAGAACUGCAGGGAUUGCUGGAUGCGAUGGUGAACGUGAACCACCGAGACGAGUCCAGGCAGACUGCUCUCCACAAAGCUGCAGGGAGAGGCCACGAGCAGGCCGUCGCGCAGCUAC